AACUGAAGGUGAAGGCAACGGAAAGGCUGAUUCCCAUGAACACGGCUCCCACUGUUCUGAGCCAGAGCCUUCUUGUCCAAGGCAGCCCUCACUGGAAGGUAGAGCAGGCUUGGCCCUGGCUCCAGCUGCCCCAGGAACCAGAUGAGCACAGACAUCUGCAUCCAUGCAUGGCCAGGCUCCUACUACUUAGAACCUGAGAAGCGAUGGAUCCCUGGAAAGCUCACACUGACUUCUCUCUCACUAAGUUUCACCGCUGAUAAGACUGGAGACAACCUGGUGAACUUCCCACUCUCUAGUAUCAUCGAAGUCAAGAAAGAGGCUUCUCAUUUUAUCUUUAGCUCUCUCACCAUCCUGGAGAAGAACCACACCAAGCACUGGUUCAGUGCUUUGCAGCCAAACCGGAAUGUUGUCUUUAGCAUCAUCGAGCAUUUCUGGAGAGAGCUGCUGCUGUCUCAGCCAGGAGCUGCUGCUGGGGUGGCAUCUUCCCCGAUGACCAAGGGGAAGGAGCUGACAUACCUGGUGGCCUGUUCCCAGAAGCGACUGGAAGAUGCCGCCAAAGUCCUCCACCAUCAGGGGGAGCAGAUAGACGGCAUUGCAAGAGACCUGGAUAAGAUGGGCUCUGAUCUGGACGUGGCAGACAGAUUGCUGACAGAAUUGGAAUCUCCUGCUUGGUGGCCCUUCAGCUCUAAGUUCUGGAAGACACCAGAAAUGAGGCCCAGAGAAGAUGCCUCAACUGCAAGUUCCAAAGUUUCGGGGAAGGAAGGGUUACUGCUUCAAGUUGCUGCUAUUAUUUCUCAGAAAGCGGAGUCUCAGGUGAAAGCAGGAAAGUUCACCAUCCUGGUUUCCGGCUUGGAAAUCCAUGAUUGCAAUUCGUUGCUAAUGCACAGAUUUGAACGAGGUGACGUAGAUGACAUUAAGGUCCAUUCCCCUUACGAGAUCAGCGUCCGCCAGCGGUUCAUUGGGAAGCCGGACAUAGCUUAUCGAUUGAUAUCUGCCAAGAUGCCUCAGGUUAUUCCCAUCUUGGAAAUGCAGUUCAGCAAGAAGAUUGAGAUGCUGGAAGGGGCCUCGAUGCUGCAAACUGUCCAAAAGGGCGACUCGGUAUGGCAAGCAGCACCUGGGCUGAUGUGCUGCGCCAUGCCUGGGCAGCCAACCUCAGAGAACCAGGAAGGUGCCCUGCAGGCCAGUGCGCUGCUGAUCUCCGAGGGGGACACGCAGGAGCUGAGGCAGAUUCUCCAAAAGCUGAAAGGUCUUGCCUUGGAUACUGAGACAGAGCUGGAGAGACAGGAAGAGGCCUUGGACGGCAUCACCUCAGCCGUGGACCACACAAUUUUAACCAUUGACAAGGAUAAUCGUCGCAUGAGAAAACUGACCUAGAAGGACAAGAAAGCCGGGAGGUGACUACUGAAAACACAAUCACUUCUCUGAGCAUGUCCUUCCCAACUUCUGCAUGCUUCCCAAAAAAGAGCCAGAAAGGGACUCCAGGGGGCUUGAUUGCGGUUACAACCCGAGAGAUCCCUGAAGAGACUUACAUGGUCAUCAGGUAGGGCUCUGCCUGCAGACAGUUGAGUAGGACAAGUCAGGGCACACACAGGGCAGUGCCCUGCAGCCGCCCUCAGCAGCACUGUCAUAGCCAACAGUACCAGCUCUUUGUUCUAUUGCCACCAAGGUAAAAAGACAAGUUCUGUCAUCAGGGAAGAAAUCCAUCAGUUUCUAGCUCAGGAUCUUGCAGUUCAGUUCUGAGCCUGCCUUCUCCAUGGCUGGGUGCAUCCCUUUUCCUAGAAUUUGUUCCUCCCUUGGUUUGGAGGACCGGCCCGUCCUCAGAGCUUCGUAUGUCCAUCCUAGUCCUACAAAUAAACACCUGAAACAUU